CAAAAAACAAGAGUGCCUCAAGAGCUGAAGCUGGAAGGUGAGGGUGCUCUAGAACUUCCUCGACAACAAUUGCUGGAGGAUGGAGGUAGCGGUGUACCUAAUAUUCGGCUUCUCUUUUAUCUCUCUAAAUUUCAUACUUUGCACAAGACUUCAUUUUCAAAUGGUGAUGGCGGGCGAAGGAGGAGUCACAAGCAACCCAUACGGCAUCGCUUCCUCUUACGAUAAGGAGAAGUAGGGGUGGAAGAAAAGUUCUAUAGAAUGUCGUCCUAUAGAGCCCACCAUACGACGUCGUACGAUCGUCCCCUCACUACUUUCUUAGGAAUUAGCACCGUCGCGCACCAACAAUAACAACUCUAGCUGGUUGAAUAAGCUCGUGGUGGACUCGGCCUCCAAGCUCAUCUCUUGUGGGGUUCACUGCUUCUUUGCCUCCAUUUUUUUGCAAUCGCCUCCUACCUCUUCCUCAACUACCAGUGCAGGAAGAUUCGUAGCCAUCGAAAGCAACUACCACUGUGCCUACCUCAACGACAUUCAUCAGAGGCUACGGGAGCCUCGGUGGGUGUGGGAGUACUGGGGCCAGAUCUUGACCAAGGGGGAAAUAUAUCGAGAUUACCAUUUUAUCUUUAUAGAAAUAGUAAAAUAUAUGAUCAAAAUCACGUUUUUAGGUCAGUUAUUGGUAAAUUGAACGGAUUCCAUCCAUAACGGCCUUAGAUGCAACGUUUUGAAAUGUUUGAUGUAAUGGUUGCAAUAAAUGAAAGAUUAAGAAAAAAUCUGUUAGUAUUUAAAAAAUUUGAAACUUCUGCUGCAAUUAUUCCUAAAAAGUAGACCCUUUGAAAGAAGUCGUCACUGGAGCGCCGAUUUUUGAACUAAAAUCGCUACAAUUAAAGAAAAGCACAAGCGCGACUCGUGCUUUCUUACCGCCUUUUUGCUUCACUCUUAACAUAAAAGCCAACGGUAUUCGAAAUUGCUUCGCUCCUCUCUCUUUCUAUCCCCUAAGCCCUCUCCCUUUCAGCGCUGAGGUUACAAAGUAAUGGAAGAAAUCGGCGAAAUGGAAGCCGUUCCUCAGGUCUAUAUGGCUUGUGUCAUGCAGGGUCGAAGAAUCGGUGUCUCUUAUUUUGAUUCCAGUAUUUGUCAACUCCACGUGCUGGAAUUUUGGGAAGAUGGCAGUGAAGAUUUUCAGUUGAUUGAUAUGGUAAAAUAUCAAGCCAAGCCCUUCACAAUCUAUACCAGCACUAAGAGUGAAGAAUCCUUCUUGGCUGCUUUACAAAGAAGUGAUGGGACCAGUGAAGCACCAACUGUAAAGCUCGUGAAAAGUUCAUUAUUUAGCUAUGAGCAAGCAUGGCACAGAUUAACGUACCUUCGAGUAACAGGAAUGGAUGAUGGGUUAAAUAUCAAAGAAAGGAUCUCUUUUCUUAGUUCUAUGAUGGACGUCCGAAGUGAUGUUCAAGUCCGUGCAAGUGGCGGACUUCUUGCCAUUUUAGAGAAUGAGAAGAUAGUAGAUACCAUGGAACAGCAGGAAUUUGGGGCUGCAUCAAUCAUGAUUGACUCAUUCACUGAAAUUUCACUAAACAAUUUUCUCAAAGUCGAUUCAGCUGCCCAUGAGGCGUUGCAAAUAUUCCAAAUUGACAAACAUCCAAGCCAUAUGGGAAUUGGAAGAUCCAAGGAAGGGUUCUCUGUAUAUGGAAUGAUGAAUAAGUGUGUUACACCAAUGGGGAGACGCCUCCUGAGGAACUGGUUCCUGAGGCCUAUACUGAACCUUGAUAAGUUGAAUGGUCGUCUUGAUACUAUAUCAUUCUUUCUUUCUGCUGAAGAAUUGUUGGCUUCUUUGCGUGACACAUUAAAGUCUGUGAAAGACAUUCCCCACAUACUUAAGAAAAUCAACUCUCCGAGUUCUGUGUGUAGGAGUGGUGACUGGUCAGCUUUUCUCAAGAGCAUUUGUUCACUGCUGCAUAUCAACAAGAUAUUUGAAGUAGGCAUUUCCGUAACUCUUCGAGAACAACUUGCAUAUUUAAACUUGGAUGUAGUUGAGAAGGCUGGUAUUUACUUCUCCACGGAUCUGGCAUAUGUCUAUAAUCUGGUAAUUGGUGUUAUUGAUGUUAAUCGAAGUAAAGACAAGGAUUAUGAGACACUAGUAAAAGAUGGUUUCUGUGGCGAGUUGGAUGAGCUGAGGCAAAUAUACGAGGAGUUGCCUGAAUUUUUGGAAGAGGUGUCAUCAUUGGAACUUGCAAGGCUUCCUCAUACAUCCAGAGAAAAAUUCAUUCCUUGUAUUGUUUAUAUACACCAGAUAGGAUACUUAAUGUGCAUUUUUGAAGAAAAACUUGACGAACAAAUUCUAGAGAAACUUCAAGAUUUUGAAUUUUCUUUUUCAGACGGGGAUGGAGAUUCUAAGAAGUUUUUCUACCGCACUGCAAAGACACGGGAACUUGAUGACCUUUUAGGAGAUAUAUAUCAUAAAAUUUUGGACAUGGAGAGAGCAAUUACAAGAGACCUUGCCAAGCACAUACUUCAAUUCUCAGCACCUAUACUCAAAGCUGUUAAUUUUGCAGCUGAGCUUGAUUGUUCUUUGUCAUUAGCUUUUGUUGCUCGUCAGAACAAUUAUGUGAGGCCUAUUUUGACCACAGAAAGCAUGCUCGAUAUUAGAAACGGAAGGCAUAUUUUACAGGAAAUGACGGUAGAUGUGUUUAUUCCAAAUGAUACAAAGAUUCUGGAUGAAGGACAGAUCAAGAUCAUCACUGGCCCUAACUAUUCUGGGAAAAGUAUCUACAUAAAGCAGGUUGCAUUGAUUGUUUUUCUUUCCCACAUUGGAAGUUUUGUACCAGCUGAUGCAGCUACUGUGGGUUUGACUGAUAGGAUAUUUUGUGCAAUGGGAAGCAAAUUUAUGACUGCUGAACAAUCAACAUUUAUGAUUGAUCUCCACCAAGUGGGUACGAUGUUGAGGCAUGCAAGCUCUCAUUCUUUAUGUUUAUUGGAUGAAUUUGGAAAAGGAACUCUUUCUGAAGAUGGUAUUGGUCUCCUUGGUGGAGCUAUAAAUUAUUUUGCCUCGAGAAAUAAUCCUCCAAAGGUUCUCAUUUGUACUCACUUGAAUGAGAUACUUGACAACAACUAUUUACUCGAGUCUGAAAAAAUCAAGUAUUACACCAUGAGUGUGCUAAGCCCAGGUGAUAAAUCUACAGAUGUUGAAGACAUCACAUUUUUGUAUAGGUUGGUUCCUGGACGUACGCAUCUUAGCUAUGGUCUGCAUUGUGCACUACUUUCUGGAGUUCCAGAGGAAGUAAUAAAGAGAGCAGCAUGUGUACUAGAGGCUACUGGUAACAAGAAGAAUAUAGAGCGAGUUUGCAGUGAAGACAUAUCUGCUCAAGAUCAGCUAUACAAGGCAGCUGUGGAGAAGAUGUUAGCUUUUGAUACUUCAAAUGGUGAUCUGGGUCAUUUCUUUGAAGAUAUCUUUCCUUCUCACCAUGACGAGGAUGAAAAUCCCUUUAAUUCUCUCAGCCUGUCACAGGGAAUGGGGUUGUGUAACCGUAGAUGAGGUGAUACAACUCUAUUUUUAUAUUCAUCUAGACCUUUUUAUUAUGGCCCGUCUAGCACUAGUGUCUUUCUAUGAUACAAUACAGUCUUGUCAUUAUAUUGAGCAUGGAUUUCUUUUUGACAAAAUUUUUGAAAUGUAAAUGGCAUUCUCAGAAUCGCAAUUUUGAGCACGUCUACUUAUACUGA